UUGAAAAUGGCGACUUGGCAACCCAAAGUUCGGGAACGCAGGUUAUCAAAGUUUACAAUGUUUUUGGGGUAUAUGAAGUAAAAAGAUAAUCAGAAAGAAGAACAAAUAAUGUCAACCAAAGUUGAGACAUCAGUAGACCCAAAUGGCAAUGCAACCAGCUCUGCCAAGCUGCCAGUUAUCAAUGGUGGGAGGAGCCUGGUGUCUCCCACACAGGCCAUCAAGAUGCCUAUCAAGGAGCAGGCCAGGCAGUGGUUGAAGGAUGUCAGGGAGAGAGUUGAGGCUUCAGAGGACCCAAACCCAGAUGACUUAGUGACACUGAGGAAAGAGCUGAUUGCACUGUUUAUUACAGCACUCCAGCAGGACAGUCGAUCAUCGUGGGAUUUCCUGACAGAGGUAGUACAGCAGUUGACUCCAUGUGCCAGUCAUCUCUCAGGCUCACCAGAGCUUAUUCAUUAUUUGGAGAGAGCUGUACAACACAUGGACACACACAAAGAAAGACUGUUUGACAUACAUACUGUAGAUGCUCUAAAUAAAGUGUUUCCAGAGGAUAUGAUGAGAAUCCAAAAGCCAGUCCGUACUUACUGUGGUCCUAUCUCCCCAUCUCCAACAACUUCCCCCAGGGAGUCUCCAACCAGGACAGGCCCAACUAAAUCUCCAAGGAUGCUGCUGCCAAAUGGGAAGGAUCCUUAUACACUUGAACGACCUGGAGAUGAGAAGAAGUACCUUCCUAAACCUCUGACCUUUGGAGAUCUCAGUAAAUCAUUGCCCACAGUGGCAGCAGACUUGGCUUCUAGAGAGGCAAUCUGGCAACACUCGGCUGGUUUUACUUCACAAGCAAUGAAUGUAGAGCUACUAUCUGAGGAGGAGUUGAAGGGCAGUGGAGUCAGCAGCAGAGGAAGCAGUAGGCCGCCAUCAGAGGUAGCUGACUUACAAAAACUUGGAGAAGAAAUCAAGAUUACAGUAGAAACUGAAAAGGGUCAACCGCCCCCUCCCAUGACAGGCAGAGAAGCAGUGGAAUAUUUUGGCAAACUUUAUCACGUAGGGAAGAUAAAGCACAUGUACUUUAACAUUGCCCCUCACAGACACUUCAGACCCUAUGAUCUAGUGGCUGUACCCCAGAAUAAGGCUAAUCCAGAGCACUAUGUAUUCUCCACAUUUGGAGUACUCCAUGUGUACCCAGACCAGCCAUCAGAGAACAUGACCCUGGGAGAGUGGCACAGGGAGGCUGUGUUGUAUGCUGCUGUCAGAAGUAUUCCUUUCUUUAAGUACUUCCUGGUACGCAAGGCAUUAAGAUGCUGGCAUGCCACCAAGAAACAGACAGACUUUGCUGAGGUCCGUGACGUCAUCAAAAACACCUUGUUACCUAACGUCCCAUGUUUUGGUGCCGCGCUGCUGCAGAUUGCAAAAUUACUACAUGAGUUGCUGACAGUGCAGUUCUUACCAGAUGAACAGGAUAAGCGCUACCUUCUACCAGAGUUUGAAAACAUUGUCAACUACAAGAACAUCCAAGCAGAGAGAUUUCUGGAAAGGUUCUUUAGAUAUGGUAAACUGAUAGUGGACACCGUGAAAGAAGAUUGCUUCAAACGUCUGAGAUACUGUGAGGAACAAGUCAAACAUAAAACUGUUUUCACCAAGGACUCUCUCCAUCUGCAGAAGCAGAAAAAAGAACAGCGAGAAGCAAACCUCAGGAAAGCAAAAGAAGAAACAGGUUGCCUUGGCAACUUUGUCAGACUAGUUGACCAGGUGAUGCUAGCCUACUUGGUGGACCUUGCCAAGAGAAAUGUCAGUGUGUUUGUCUACAAUGUCAUGGGAGCAGGACGAGAUGCACCACGGGAGGGGUUGUUCUUAGCUCAUCUAGGAUUCAACAAUAAAGAUGUCCUUGGCAUCUCCCCAUCAAAGGAGAAAUUCCUGCGUGGCAUGACGCGUGUCCUGCAGGAAAUCCCAGGCAUCCUUGUCAUGAAGGCGCUACCAAUGGAUGAGAACCCUACAAUCACAGAUGGAGAGAGCAUGAUGGAUGACUCAGCAACGGCACGGACCAGGAUGUCUCAGGUGACGGCGACAUCUGAGAAGAGACUGAGGACACAAGAUGGAAGGACACCAGAACUGAACAGAGGAAAAACUCCCACUAAAGAAGAAGACAACCUGGGGGUGGCCACUCCAGACUUGGUGAUCAAAGCAGACUUCCCGUCAGCUGAGGGUCUGGUGGUGGAGGGGGAGGGCUUCAUGGGCCAGUACCACCCCCUGAGUAAGGGGAACCUGGAGGAGAAACUGAAGAAUGAUGAGGAGUACAACCGUGCUAUAAAGACCCACACAGACUUCCUGAUAGCUGGGCUAACAGAGAUAGAUGACUACUGCAAGGAGAAUAGCUGGCUAAAUGAGAUCCACCAGUUUUGUAAAGGCUGGAAUGACACCUCUCUACAGGAGUGGAAAGGAGCACCUGCCUUUAACAUUGAGCAAAGACUGACAGAGAUCAGAAGCUGGACAGAAAGAAUCAAGAUGUCUGACCGUGCUUUCACAACUGAGAAUGGCAUUUUCCAUGUGGACUGCUCGGCCCUGCAGAAAGAUCUCGUCCCCAAGCUGAACUCCAUCUACAAAGAACUGGUGACAUUUGUGGCUGAGGAAGCCAGCAACAGAGGCAAACAGUUCUGUAAUGAAAUGAAAGUGGUGCUGCAGAAUAUGCGUGACAAGAAGGUCAGUAUGGAUGCCUUUGCUGUGUACGCCAAGCAGAUAACUCAGUACAAGAAGAACUCACAGCAAUUCCAGCAGAGAGUAGAGUAUAUCAAGUCUCUGUUUGAGAUGCAGGAAAUUAAGAUGGUGCGUAUGAACUACCGCCAGCUGAACCCAGAGGAGGAGAAGAUUGAGGAGAAUGUCUGGGCUGCGUGGGAGGCGUUUCUGUUCAACAUGCAGGAGGCCACGGAGUUUGUGAACAUGCAGACCCCUCUCAUGACACAGAAUCUGGAAGAGACUUUCCAGGCCUCAAAGCACACAUUGUUGGAGACGGAGGGGCUGCUGAGGCAACUUGAGAAGGAAGCGUAUCAUUUAGUGGAAGUUGGGACCACAGGGAAGUUUCUCAGUCCAGAAGAGAACCCUUCAGCCAUGUUGUCUGAAAUGAGACAGCUGCGAGGGAAGUUCUACACAGUGGAACACAAGUUAAAGGAGUGUUGCAAGUGGAAGGAGAUGAUCACGGGAAACCCCUACAACCUGGACUUCCUUCAUAAACUGGCCAUCAAGAUGGACAUACGCCAGGAGCUGUGGAAAUAUGUGGAGUUGUCCAAUCACUCCAUCAUCGACUGGAAGCAGCAGCUCUUCAGGAAGAUGAAUGUCCAGAAGGCAUUUGACAAGGUCCAGGAGUGGCAGGGGAUAGCAUUCCAGAUGAAGAGUCACCUUCCUCUGGGAGACAAGGUGCUUGCCAACUGGUUCAAGGUACUACAGGACUUCAAACAAGACCUCCCCUUGCUGCAUAAACUGGCCAGUGAUGCCUUGAAACCUCGCCACUGGAAAGAAAUCUUUGUUGGUAUUGGUGAGGAGUACGAGCCAGGCUGGAACGUGACCGUUGCGGAACUUUUAGACCUGAACCUGGGCGAGCACAGCCUCCUUAUCAACACCAUCUACACGGGCGCCAAGUCUGAGUUUGCUCUGGAACAAAAACUGGUCAAACUGAGGAAACUUUGGCAGGAGAAGAACCUGAAGCUGGCCAAGCAUAUCCCUGAUAGUGUGUAUGAUAAAGACACAGCGGGCGUGGCUCCCAGUGCUCACCCAGGGGGGAGGAAGGUGAAGGGGAUGGCCAAGUUCAGACAUGAGAAAGCCCUGGCCAACAUGCCGAAGGGACUGAAUAUCUCUGGAGAUGACAUGUUUGUACUUAUUGAUGUGGAGGAGCUGAAGUACCUCAUAGAUGACAGCCAGGUCACCCUGACCUCCAUGCUGGUGUCCCCUUACCUGGCUGACCUCCGUCCAGAGACUGAGUACUGGUCAAGCUCGCUACAGCAGGCUGAGGAGAUCCUGGACCUCUGGGUCACAUGUCAGAAGAAGUGGCUCUAUCUGUUGAAAGUAUUUGAAGAUCCAGACAUAUACAGAAAACUUGGGUCCCAAAGUCUAAAGUUUGAGUCCAUCAAUGCUAAAUACAAGGAAUUUAUCAAGUCUGUAGUAAAUGACCCCAAGGUGACCUCCAUCUUCAGCAAGCAGCGUGGAGAGCCAGGAUACAGAAGACUACAGGGAGAGGCCAUCAGAGAGUUACUGCAGAGUCUACUGGAGGGAAUGGAACAAAUCCAGAAGCACCUAGAAAACCUCCUGGAGCAUGCCAGGUCAGAGUUCCCCAGGCUUUAUUUUCUCAGUAAUCAGGAAGUGGUGGAUCUGAUGGGCAUCAGCCGUAACCCUCCUGCUCUGCUGCCGUGUGCCAAGAAAUGUUUUGCAGGAAUCAAGUCGCUGACAUUUGCUCUUCCGUCCCAGAUGACCACCAUGAGUACCGCCCUGGACUUCGUUCUCAACGCCCAUAAGCUACAAGUGACCAGUCUCACUGGAGAUAUGGAGGAAGCUGUGCCGCUGUUGUACAAACUGGAAGCCAAUAAUCUGGCCACCAGAUGGCUCUCAGGUCUAGAGGAAGGCAUGAAGAGCACCAUGGCCACCAUGUUACAGGCGUGUGUACAAGCACGCUGGGAGGAAGGCUCCAAACAGAGUGUCCUCCUUCUGGAGGAACUGAGCCGAUAUGAGGUGAGCACUGCACACCCCACCCAGGAACAGACCCAACUCAGCCAGCAGAUUCGCCACUCCUUUAAACACUGGCUCCUGCGCUUCCCGUCCCAGUGCGUGCUGGUCGCCGAGGCCAUUAUGUGGCAGAAAGCCAUGACCAAGGCCCUCGAGCACGGAGAUAAAGAUCAGUUGACGGAGAUAAGGAAUCAACAGAACAGUAAGAUUACGCAGUAUGUGAACUUCCUGAGGGAGAGCAGUGUGAAGGGCGGAGGCUCCAGUGUACGCAAGAGACUGCAGAGACUUCUGGGAUGUCUGGUUCAACAAACAACGCAACACAGGGAUUAUGUUGAAGUUCUGUUAAAGCUGGGUUCGCCCACACUGGACAGCUAUGACUGGCAGAAGAUCAUGAAGUUUCACAUGGACUUCCGCAGUGUUCUCAGAGCUAAGACAGAUAUAAAGGAGCAGCCAAAACCUGAGGUCUCUUCCAGCACCCCCAGAGAAAGACGUCUGUCCCAUGGCAGCAGUCGAGACUCGUUACUGUCCAAGUCUGACGCCUCGCCCAAGGAGAGAAGGGCUUCAUUGGCCAGGUUGAAGGAGAAGAAGUCUGAGGAUAGCAUGGCCCGCGUGAAGACCAGCGUAUCUACGGGGUUCCAGUUCACACCCUGCACCAUACAACAACUGGGCGCAACCUUCCUCUACGAUCAUGAGUAUCUUGGACCCUCUGAAAGACUCGUGUUUACGCCACUGACUGAAAGGGCCUAUCUGACCUUGACCUUGGCCUUGAGGACGUUCCACUGUGGUACUCUGGUGGGACCAGCUGCCACUGGGAAGUCUGAGACUAUCAAAGACUUGGCUAAGACCCUGGGCCGUCACUGUGUGACUGUGAACUGUAACAGUGAGCUGACGCUGCCUCUGCUGAACCAGUAUCUGAGUGGUAUGGUCCAGUCUGGUAGCUGGACAGUGUUUGAUGACACAGACAGACUGACCAAAGGUUUGAUGUCAGUAUUUGCCCAACAGAUCGAGUAUCUGAAGACUGCUCUCCACUGCCUGGGUACCUCCAGUCAUAACCAAUAUGGCAUUAGAGGACAACCCAGAUAUGACAAGUUUGGAGUGAAAAUUUUCUAUGAUAAGAACUCUAGAGGCACGCGGAGAAAGUAUAGACUAUAUCUACAGAAAACAUUUGUGAACAAGGAGGAGGGCUCCAGCAGCGUGACACAUGGCGGCCGCGUGGUGAGGCGGAACUCACUGACCACCUUGCAUUCAUUACCCAGUGCAGACACUAAGGAGGACCUAGAGAGACAGAAUACGGUGCCACAUGGAUAUAAUGAGGUAGCCUAUGUUUUCAGAGUUCCAGUAGGACUGAUGGAUGAGGGUCUGUCUACCUAUUUUGGUGAGGCCUGGGUGCCAAGGAGGGAGAGGAGACACUCCAUAGAGAAAGAGAUUGAGAUCAAGGAGUCUGAAUUAUACAAGAGCAACAAACCACCAUCACUGUUUGUUGAACAUGCCACAUACCGUCCAUACAAACCCAAGCCAGACUACAAGGUGCUGCUUCAUGAGCCAGUGCACAGGCCAGUGUUUCUGGGGAAUGUGUUAUUCAAUGGGAAACUGCUCAAAGCCAAUGCCAAUUAUGGCUGCUUCAUGACUGUCAACUCUGAAGGAAAGGGGUUUGCUGAAAUUCCUGAUAAUUUAAGGCUCCAGAUGCGUCCGUGUGCCCUGAUCCACCCCGACACUCACCAGAUACUGGAGAUGAUGCUGUACUGCAAUGGCUGCUCAGACCACAAGAUCUUGGCCAAGAAACUUGGGGUGCUUUUUGAAUUAUUGAAGACACAGCUUCCAAGAAAAGAGCAGUACAACUUCAGUCUAAGAACAAUGAAAACAGUUGUCACUGUGGCUCACAGCAGACUCAGCAGCAAUAGAAACCUGUUUGAGGAUGUCUCUGCUAAUGACUCUGAGACCAGCCCAUCUAUCCUCGAAGACAGUAGCACAAGACAAGAAUUUGCCAUCGUCUACGCCAUCAACACCACCUUGAUUCCCAAGAUGGCUGACCAGGAUGACAUUGCACUUUUGAAAAGCCUGACCAGAGAUGUGUUUCCACAGAGUGUGCGUCCUAAGUCUGGUGUCCUUGGAUACGACCCUGACCUUGUGUCAGCAGUUCAGGAGCAGAUGGCACUGGACAACCUGCAGGCGACACAGGCCCACGUCAACAAAAUUCUACAGCUCAACACUGCAAUGAAUCAUGGGAAGGGAGUGAUUCUGAUUGGACCAGCUGGGAGUGGGAAGACCACAGCGUACCAGACACUGGCGCGGGCCAUGAAUUCCUUACACUCUCGGCCUCCAGAGCCAGAUAAAGAUGACAACAAGGAUGAAAUUAAGGACAAGGGAAUCGCCUUUCACAGCCAACAGAAAUUAAAGUUUACCGAGCUGAAGACAGCCAGAGAAAAGAAACAUUGGGUGACCCCAAAACUACUAACAGAGAACACGGAGAAGAGAGAGUCCAAUGCAUUGUCCAGGUUCCGCAAGGUGUCCAAGAGCACGUCUAGUGUGGCCGAAAAGCUGUCCACAUUACUGAAGGAUGUGAACAAGGCCAAGAGGAUCCAGUAUCCUAAGAUUGAGAUCAACACCUUCAACCCCAAUGCUUUCUCCACAGAGGAGCUAUUUGGGAGCUUCCAAUCAGGCCUGUGGAAAGAUGGACUGCUGUCUAGCAUCCUACGCGACUGUCACACCCAGCACGAGUCUGCGCGGAGUUUCUCCAGCACCUUUGAUGAGAAGAAGCACAAGGGAUUGGUCAGUACACCAUCCCCAGUCAACAAGUGGGUGGUCCUGGACGGCUGUGUCAACCCACUGUGGACAGAGCACAUGAACACAAUGCUGGACAGUGACCGCUUACUGAGCCUGGCCAGUGGAGAGAAGGUGGCACUGCAAGACACGACCCAUUUGAUCUUUGAAAUGAGUCACCUGGCGAACGCGUCCCCAGCCACAAUAUCUCGCUGUGAACUGGUUCACUGUAGCAAUGAGACCGUCACUUGGAAGUCCAUCGUGGAGUCCUGGAGCAAGGCUGCCAAACAGAAGUGGAUCAUUUCAACCAAUGGUUUGAAGAUCCUGGACGACCUGUUCAGUUCUACCAUCCCUCAGACCAUCAGAUAUCUAGAAAAUGACUGUACCUAUUCCUUGACCAAUGACAUGCACCGCUCUAGUGCCAUCUAUACUCAAUCAGUGCCAGGGUUACAGGAAGUUAUGUCACUGCUCAGGAUCCUCUCAGCACUCUGUGAUCGCCACUUCCUGAGGGCUGAUUUUGAGAGCGCUGCAGAGGGUCAGCAAAAACCAGAUGAUGCCCCUCCCGCCUCCCCAGCCAAACUGACCCCAGACUACAGAGCAGAUAGCAACAUGAGGUCCAGUAGGUUAACAGGCAGUUCACGUUACGAGGAUCGUAUCCCUAACUAUACCAAUGUGGUGAAGAGCAUGUAUGCCUUUGCUUUUAUUUGGGGAUUUGGAGGACAACUACAGGAAAGGCACAUCAGUAAAUUCAACAAGUUCUGUCGUGAGACCCUGUAUCGUGCUACUUACCCCAUCAGUCUUCCUCUCAGUGGUACUGUGUUUGACUACUGUGUGGAGGUCCACCAUGGUAUGAUGAUAAAGUGGAGUGACAGACCCAUGGAGAAGAUGAGGAACUUGCCUGCACACUAUGUCAUCACUCCUGAGGUGGAGCGCUACCACUACCUGGUGGACUUAUUGCUGAGUUCUCACUACCCUGUUCUGUUGGUUGGCGUUCCAGGUGUGGGGAAAACUGCUCUCAUACAGAAUAUCAUCCAGCAAAAGCACCCAUUCUCUCGGCUGCCAAUUUCUCAAGGUGUCGUCCCGCAGCAGCUCCACAACUCCGUGGCCAACUACAUGCUGGAGAUCAAUAAACGUGACGUCCUGAGCACGCACCCAAGUACCGCGCCUCUCCCCAAACCACACCACUUGUUCUUCAUUGAUGACCUGAAUAUGGCCAAAAGUGAUUGUGUCACAGGCACACAGCCAUCACUGGAGGUACUCAGAGAGGUCAUGACACAGCGCAGUCUGUAUGACCGUCACCGCCAUGUCAAACUGGACCUGGAGGGAACGGACUUUGUGGCAGCGUGCAGGAGUCCUGGAGUAGCUGGUUCAGGUGCCGGAGAAUCAUGCCACAUUCUGUCCUCGAGGCUGACACGUCUGUUCACUGUAAUGACAUUUUUUAUGCCGACUGCGGAGGGGAUGCAUUCUCUGUUUGGCAAGACCAUCCAGUCAUGGUUGGAGGAGUUCCCCACCUACUCUGUAGAACACCACCAUGAGUUUGCUUAUGCCAUGACCCAAGGUCUCCUGGAGAUGUAUAAUGUAGUUAAGGAGAGACUGCGACCAACUCCUGCCAAUGCUCACUACAUCUUUACACUGCGGGACAUUGCACGUGUCAUGGAGGGCAUCCUGAUGAUGUCGCCAAGGGCGCGACCAAAACUGAAGCCAAAGCCACGGAGAAAGAAAGACAAACCUGAGCUGGGACGUAAUAAAAUGACUAUCAGCUUACCAGCACUAAACAAACCUGUGGACAGAAGCAAGCUGAGAUCUCAGAAUUGGGCUCCUACUGCUGGCAAAGAUGUGGUGGGAGGAGCGCCACCUAUGAUGCGUGUCAUUGCCAGACUGUGGUGUCAUGAGGUCGCCAGGACGUUUGGGGACAGGAUAACUGCAGAAGAAGACUGUAUGUGGUUCAAGAGAACAAUGGAGGACAUAGUGGCCAAAUACUUCUGCACUGGCAAGGCAGAGUUCAGGGAGAAAAUGUCUUCUAUCAAAGAAGAAAGUGGUUCACAGGGCAGCACUGUAGAGUCCUUUCUCAGUAAGUUCACACGGUCAUCCCCAGUGAGGAGAAUCACGCCUCCGCCUUUCUAUAAGAGUGAUUCCUUGACUCCGGACAAUGAGCUGCCCAGUACAGCCAGCACAGUGACCAUCACUGAGGUGACCACAGAGGUGACCACACCCUUCUCUGACUAUGCCACCACUAUGGAGUUUGUUACACCGCUGAGUCAAGGAGAAUUCACGGAGGCUGCCACCACAGAUGUUGUCACUCCAUUCAGCACAGAGUAUGACAUCCAGUCCCAGUACCAGUCUGAGUUCAACGCCCCAAUCCGUGCCCCACCCCCCAGUGAGGACCCUGGGUCCAGGAUGUCCACAGGGUCCACCGAGACUGAGACCACAGAGGAAAGUUCUACAGAAGAGACGGCAUCUUCAGAGGAGGACUCUGAAACAGAAACAACAACCAGUGGUAUGCAGUCCAAGAUGACGACAACGGGAGACGAGAGCACCGCCAUGACAGACUACACGAGAACUCCCAGUGGCAGCACUGGGUUACAACUUGGACAUCUUGAAAGUCGCACUACAUUGUAUUCUUCAAUUGGCUUGUUGAGUGAUUCGCUAGAAGACAGUGCAGCCAAUCCCAGCCAGGCAUCAAACCUGAAGGCUCCUCCCACUCCAAGUUUAAAGAAAGGAGGUGCCAAGAAAGAAGUGAAGAGAGGAGUAACCUUCAAAACAGGGCUGAUAGCUGACAGAGAGACGGAGGCCUAUGAGGGGCCACUGUUGUCCAUGGAGCAGAUUAAACUGCCAAAUGAGGACCUGACGGAUAUCAUGUUUACCAAGUUUAUCAUGGCUUCCUAUACUGAGGCUAUGGGACUUACACCUGACAAAGGCUAUGUGGAGUGCUCAGAGGACAUCUUGGAUGAAGCCUUGCAGACCUGCCUGGCACUGUACAAUGCUGGGACGUCCCAGAGACUGGAUCUGGUCUUCUUCAAGGAGGCCAUUCAACAUAUGGCUAGGCUCAGUAGAGUGCUGGCUAUGACCAAUGGUCACUCCCUACAACUGGGCAUGAGUUACUGUACUGGACGUGCCACAGUGACCAGACUAGCCGCACACAUAGCUCACUGCAAGCUGUUUGAGCCCAAGCCCCAAGGAGACCUGGCCAGAAACAGAGAAGUUUUACGUGAGCACAUGCGACGCUGUAGUCAGACGGCUGCCAUUGUGGGAAAACCUGUCGUCUUGAUGAUUCAUGAGGAACUGGGAGAGGAAUGUCUGCUUGAUGUGUGCUCAUAUAUGGUAGAAGGUACCUGCCCAGGGCUGUACACUACAGAAGAACUCCAGCAGAUAGCCACCCAGAUGACCCCUGGUCAGGUCCAGAUCAGGAAGGUGGACAAGGUGGAACAGACCUUCAAUGACAAGUUCAUACGGAGAGUCAAACAGAACCUGCACGUGGUGAUCAUUCUAAAUUAUUCAGGUUCCACAGUGUACACCAAACACAGCCCCAUGCACAAUCUGCUGCGGAAGUGUCCCUCCCUGAUACAUCAUGUGAUCAGUGUGGAUCUGUACAAACCCUGGAACCAUGAGGCUUACGUCAAAGUUGCUGAGACAUGGUUACGAGAUGAGUCUUCAAGAGUAAGUUAA